AGCUGCUGUCGGGAACAACAUGGAGGAAGCGACGACCAUAGAAGGCACCUUCUGCUUACAGCAGGUUACAAUAACUGAAAGUUCUGAAGAUGACUAUCAAUAUGAAGAGAUUCCCACAGAUGAAGAUUUUAGUCUUCCGGAAGGCGAUGAAGAUCUGGCAAAAGCUUUACACACAAUGCAUGAACAGACUAUUGAUGCCCAAAUUAUGGCUCAACGGCCAGGCCAGAUCACUAAACAAUCUUUGUCUGAAACACCUGAAAUUGUAGAUGACUUUCUUUGCAAUUUUUUAAUCAGAAUGGGAAUGAACAGGACAUUAGACUGCUUUCAGACUGAAUGGUAUGAAUUGAUGCAGAGAGGUGUGCUUGAACCUAAAGAUGUUGGAUUUGUUCCAGAUGCCUAUACUUGCAAUCAGCAUUUGGAGAGGGAAAAUAUAAGUUUGAAGAAAGAAAUGGAGAACUAUAAAUUUGCAGCUAAUAAAGCUAAAGAUGCACUGCUAAAAAUGCAAAGAGAGCGUGACUUCCAUAGAAUGCAUCAUAAAAGAGUAGUCCAGGAAAAGAACAGACUUAUUAAUGACAUUAAAAGGCUAAAGACACACUAUGCAUUGUAUGAGCCUAUGUUAAGACAACUGAAUGAAAAGUAUGAGGUUCUCCUAAGAGAGAAAAUGCUUACAAGUUUGGAACGAGACAGAGUUGUUGGGCAGAUGACUGGCUUGCAAGCGACUUUACAAAGCUUGGAAUCUGGAAACAACAUUCACAUUCCAAUGAUGAAAGUGGGUCAUUGGUGUGAUAGAGAGGCUGGAUUAGAGGGACCUUCCCAAAGAGCACUUAGAGAAGCCAAGGAACAGAAAGGGCAUUCUGCUGAUUCAGAAUUUCCUGAAGGUGUCCAAGUAAAUCCAUACCUUGCUUGUGCAAAAAAAUGUGUGCGGCCAUUGAAGUCUGGAAUAUAUAAAUUGAGCAACACAUUGAAAGUACAUGAUUUGGCAGUGACCUGCUUGGCUUUGCAUCCAAGAAAAGAUAUUGUUGUCACUGGAAGUGAUGAUCGCUUAUGGAAAAUGUGGGCCUUUCCUAAUGGGAACAUUAUCCUGAAGGGUGAAGGUCACACAGAUUGGCUUUCUGGAUGCUGCUUUCAUCCAAGUGGAUCCAAACUUGUUACUUCAAGUGGAGACAAAACAGUUCGUUUAUGGGACUUCACGAAGGGUGGGUGCAUUCUGAAACUAGAAGGUCAUAGCUAUGCAGUGUUGGAUUGUUCUUGGCAUUCAUGUGGUGAUUUUGUUGCAUCUGCCUCUAUGGAUGAAACAAGUAAAGUCUGGGACCUGAACAGUGAACGAUGCAGGUAUACCUUGCGUGGCCACAAGGAUUCAGUAAACAGCAUCGAGUUCUUUCCUUUCUCCAAUAUUAUUCUCACCAGCUCUGCAGACAAGACUUUAUCUCUGUGGGAUGCCAGAACGGGACUUUGUGCUCAAACAUUCUAUGGUCACUUACAUUCCUGCAACCAUGCCACGUUCAACAUGAAGGGAGAUACAAUUGUUUCCUGUGAUUCUUAUGGUGUAUUGAAACUGUGGGAUGUUCGGAGGGGAGUUCCAAUGCUCUCCAUUGAUGCUGGUCCACACCCUGGCAAUCAGGUGGCUUUUGAUCCUUCCGGUCAUAUUGUAGCUGUUGCAAGCAAUGAUGGAACCGUUAAGACUUUGGAACUCAAAUCAGGACAUCUUGCCAGCUUAUUGGGCCAUGAAGAUAAAGUUCAGAGUGUAAUAUUUGAUCAUAUGGCAGAACAUUUAAUUUCAGGUGGUUCUGAUGGCACUAUUCGUAUUUGGAAUUGAGACCACUAUUAGAGAAAUAUAGCACUGAGGGUGGCUUAUAAUGCCCUCAUCUGAAAUAAACAUCUGAAAUAAACAAUUACAUUUUACAUUAAAUAAAAUAUCUAUAUUUUUAC